AUGACCGUCUCAAAGCAGGACGGACGAUCAACAUGGCGCUUCUACAAGCUUGCGCGUUCCGUGUUCAGUGGCUUCACACUGUUAUACCUCUUGGCUGUCUUGUUGGUUAUGACGCCAUUCAUACAGACGCAUGUCCUAUACGCGCACCAUAUAGAUUUCUGGUGGAAUAAUAAGUUUGACCAUCCAGAACACCACGGACUGGCUCCUGGCAAGACCGUGAACCUCAAGCUCCAAAGCGCGGAUAACACGACAUUGGGUGCAUGGUUCAUCUUCGCCGACUCAAUACAUCGUCAACAGCCCUUUCCUCCACCCUCCCGCACCGACUUCGCUCUUUCCGCGGCACAGAACAUCUCCGAUGCUCUACACACUCGCCCAACCAUCUUAUUCCUACACGGAAACACAGGGACGCGUGCUUUACCGCUGAGGACGGUCGUGUACACUGCACUCACGGGCAGACUAGAUGCCAAUAUUUUGGCGAUCGACUAUAGAGGAUUCGGAGACAGCCAGGGACAUCCGAGUGUUCAAGGAGUGGGGAUGGAUGCGAGGGCGGGUUGGGACUAUCUAAAAUCACAAGGCGCAAAGGAUGAGGAUGUUUUGAUUGUUGGACAUAGUCUUGGGACGGCUAUCGCAGGUCUGUUGGCUGCGGAACUUGGAAGAGAGGGUAUAAGGCCAAGAGGGACAGUUCUGAUGUCGCCGUUCUCAUCUGUGCGCACUCUGAUUGAUCAAUACUACCUAUUUGGGUUCCUGCCUCUUCUGAAACCCGUCUCAAUGAUACCAUUAGCUCCUCGCUUGGUUACAUGGUCCCUGGUUCACCGCUUUGACACACUUACCCUAGUACCGGAUAUAAAGUCUUCUGUGCUAAUCGUUCAUGCAGACGACGAUGUUGAUAUUCCAUCUACGCAUGCCUCCACCCUAUUUGAAGCAUUUUUGGAGCCCCACCUCCCCGCACACCCCACUCCACCUCCCAACCCCUUCUCGCACGAGAAAUGGGAUAAUUUCACCUCCCAGGAAUCACAGCGUAUCCACGCGCGACAAGAAAUUGUGAAGACCAUUGAGGUGGAUGGAUUUGGAUUGUACGAGGAAAUGAACCAGGAUGGUAGGAAAGUCGCUUUGCUCAAGACUGAGAAAGGCGGUCAUGAUAUUGGACGCGUAGAGGGUGUUCAGGAUGCGAUUGGUAGGAUGUUUGGGUUUCAUUGA